AUGCCUCUUCUCACAGCAACAUACACCUCUCCCGCCGUCUCCGCGGCGUCCCCAAAAGUCUUCACCACGGACCUCCCCGCACUGUCUUCCCCACUAUCCACCCAAGACCGCGUCGCAUACCUCGCCUCGCUCCAAGUUUCGCUGCGAACCCUCCAGGGCAAUGUCAACACCUUCCUGACGCAUAAGAUGGAAGAAGACAAAGCUGUCGGCGCCGACAAGGGCACCGCCAAAGACGAGGAAACAUACGGUGAAGAGGUGGUUGACGAAGAUUGA